AUGAAAUCCUUCUUGACCACCGUUGGCUCGGUUGCCGUUCUCCUGGCCUCAGCCAGCGCUCUUCCUACAACCAACCUCCCACGCCAGGAUGGAAGCUGUUUCAUCCAGUUAAAGAAUGGCGACGGUGAUGCAUCCGUCGGUGCUAGCAUUCCGGCCAACACCCUCUUUGCCACCGCCAACAAUCGGCAGGUCGACGCUGGUGUGAAUGCGCAAACCGUCACAUCUGGAUGCGUCUGUCAGGCGUUCAGCGAUGCUGCUGGUACAAUCAAACUUGGCGGGAUUUUUGACGAUCAUACACUGGCCAGCUUUACCGACGCAUCUAGCGGAUCAGUUGAUUCGCAGCUCGAUCAAGCGGUUCCAAUCGGCUCUUUCUGCUGUGUUACAACCCCCAACACAGUGACCGUUUGCUCUGGCUCUGGUACUGGGGCUCCUCCUCCUCCUACCCAGACUGUGCGAGUUCAAAUCAACUCAGCGGAUGAUUCAGCGAGGCAGAUUGAGGUCCCAGCAGAUGGUUCGCCGUUCGCUGCCUCUUUCAGUAUUGCCAACUCUGUAGAGAUUGUUCAUAUUGAGGGCUCUAGCCAUGCCACCUGCCAGGCAUUCUCUGACGCAAAUGGCGUUGUCGCAGUUGGAAGCCCCUUUGGAAUUGAUGAGGUAUCCCUCAACGGCGGCGCAGCUAUUAGCAUACUCUCGAUCCGCUGCAAACUUUCAGCCUAA